AUGCCGUCGAUCCAUUGCCCAGUCCACCAACGGAAUGCGGGCAGUCAAGUCGUGAUCUGUCAGAUCGAGCGAGCCCAACAUGCCAGCCUCACAGGGUAUCUGGGCCGCGAGAAGAGUCAACGAGAUAAAAAAAACAUGGUUCACCGUCGUUGUAUCUGUGUGCGCCAGACGGUGAACAGCUGUCAGGAGCGGAGUCGACAGCGCUCGCCAUACGAGGACAAUAGUGUAAAUUGUCGAGUCUCUGCCGUGUCGGGCCAACGCAAGGAGUUGGCAAUGCAGCUGAGACAAGAAUAUCUUAAUUUGGCGCUUGCAGGUGUCCAUGCGAAAUCAGCGGUGGGCAAGGGCCCGCCUGAUUUGAUUGUUAUGAUUCUGGGGUAG